AUGGAAGCAGUAAGAAAUUACAUGUAUAAGAGCGCUGUCAAUUUUGUAACUUAUAAUGAUGAUCCUGCCAAGAAUUCUACAACAGAAAGUGUAUCUGUACAACAUGGAAUUAUGCAAUAUUCUGUAUUAGUUACAGCUUUACUUAAAAAAGAUUCAAUAACAAAUAGAACUAAUUCAGAACGCGAGAUAAGAACAAUUAUAGGAAAUACUCGUGUUUUAACUGCUGAUUUAUCUGCCGCUUUACAGAAUUUAAUUGAAUACAUCAAAUCUGCUGAUGACAAAUCCAUCAAAAUCACAACUUAUUCGUUAAUUGGCGGAUGUUUGUUUAUAUUCUUUAUUUAUGUAAUUGCUUGUUAUGUAAUUGUCAAAGAUAUUUCUCAUGACAAACUUGCAAUUUACAGAGCAAUUGCAUCAUUACCAAAAUACGUUGUUUCUCAUGUUGCCGAUUCAUUUAAAGUUCUUAAGAAAGAAGGUAGUGAUCAUUCGAAAUCAAAUUCAACAACACAUGAUGAUGAAUUAAACAAACAAGAAGAAAACAUGCUGAAAAUAUUCUCAACAUCAAGUGAAAGUGAUGGAGGAGCAACAAGUGAUUCAAUAACAAUUGUUGUUUGUAUGUUAUUCCUCGCUUUAUGUAAUUUAUGUUCUGUUAUAAUUUUAGGUUUAUUCUUAAUAAGAUGUGGUGAAGAAUUGAAUCUUUCUGCUCCACAAAUCGAUUACAUGAUGGCUGCUUAUUCUUAUGAUUUCGCUUCUCUUUUAGUUGUUAAUAUGUUGGCAUGCGAAUUUGAUGGAUACCCUGUAUACGGAUACACAGCUAAAUCAUUAAUUCCAAUUGUUAAUGAAUGGCAAGACAAAGGAAUUAUUAAUUACAAAGCUGUAAGAUAUGGAAAUUCUUCAAUGAACACUGAAGCAUUUUCUAUUUUAACAGCUGAAGAAUUAGCUGGUGUUGCACCUGAAGGAUGUGUUUAUGGACAAACUCCUGCUGUUACUCAUGAUGUUUAUAGAUGUUGGAAUCCCGAUUUGUUGACAACUUAUGUACAAACUGAAGUGAAAUCAAUGGUCUUUAAAUAUCAAAAUGAAGGAAUUGCGUUUUAUACUAAUGAUACAAGAUUAACACAUCUUUGGCAUGUACAUAUCAUUCAUUUAUAUGAAAUGUAUUAUAAUGAUUUGUUCUAA